UUAAUUAUUUUUCUGUGGACAGUCAACGUUCAGUCGUGGGAAGAAACGGUCGUCGUUUAUAUGUGCAUACAAUCGCUUUUAAUAUCAGUGUUAAUUCCAAGAAAAUUGUAAUAAUAACAGAAUAGUAUAAUGAAUAGCGGCUCUUUGGAAGACUCCUUACUAAUGGGUACGUCGGUGACGCGUGAGAAAAUGGAAAAAUGGUCUGCGGCGCAGGCUAAGGGGGAGAAAAUCGAGAUUGACGUGUAUGGAAAACCGACAGACCAACAGAUAAAGGAGUUAGAAAAUGUCAGGAACCUUAGCAAGGAGCUACAAAACAAUUUACACGAUUUGGAAAAUUCAGUUCGCAACGCUGCCGUGGACAAUGAAGCCAUGACUCCUAGUGCUCCGAUACUAAACUAUUCCGAGGAUCAUGAGUUUGUUUCCGCCAACAAACUGGACGAUUACUACGCAGAGGAAGACAGAGCGGACGCGUUAGAAGAAGAGAAGAGGAAACUAACUAAGGGUAAAGCGGCGAUGACCGAUAUACAAAACUUUUAUAAAGAUCAGUGUGUGUUUUUGACUGGUGGUACUGGAUUUUUGGGCAAAGUUUUAAUAGAAAAAUUGCUACGUUCAUGUAAAGAUGUAGAGACAAUUUAUGUAUUGAUUAGAGCGAAAAAGGGCAAAGAUGCUGUAACUCGUCUACAUACCCUUCUCGACGAUUUUCUAUUUCAACGUGCUCAUGAAGAAAAUCCGAAAGGUAUACAUAAAUUGGUCCCAAUCGUUGGUGACAUGGAACUACCCGGUCUUGGACUUUCUGAUGAAGAUAGAAAGACGCUUACUACCAAGGUUUCUAUAAUAAUAAAUUCGGCAGCCACCGUAAAGUUUGACGAAAAACUGUCGAUAUCCACCGGUAUCAACGUCAGAGGUACUAAGGAAGUACUCAAACUCGGUAAAGAAUGUCGGAACCUAAAGGCGAUUACACAUGUGUCGACUGCUUUCUCCAACACAUACCUCAAACAUAUAGAGGAAAAGUUCUAUGACCCUCCAAUGUCGGUAGAGGCGUUAGAAGCCGUAUCUCAAUUGGACGAAGGAUUAAUAGAAAAAAUUUUACCGACACUCCUAGGCAAAUAUCCAAAUACGUAUUGUUUUACGAAGGCAAUAGCUGAGGAAGCGGUACGAAAAUACGGAGAGGGAAUGCCGAUAUGCAUUGUCCGACCAUCUAUAAUUAUAUCAACGUACGAAGAACCAGUACGUGGCUGGACGGAUAGCAUAUAUGGACCGACAGGUCUUAUUAUUGGGAUUGGUACUGGGGUCCUACGUACAAUGUAUAUAGACAAGAAUAAAGUAGCGGAUAUGGUGCCCGUUGAUAUGGCCGUCAACGCCAUACUGGCCUCUGCUUGCAACACAGCUAAACAUUUUAAAGAAAAUCAAACUUCUGACAUACCAAUUUAUAACUUCGUAUCAGGAGCACAGAAUCCAUUAAAAUGGAAAACUUUUAUAGAUCUGAACAUGAAACAUGGGCUGGACAAACCGACUAUGAAAGCUGUUUGGUACUACGGACUGAAUCUCACAAGUAAUUACUACAUGUUUCUUUUCUACAAUUUCUUCUUGCAUUAUCUUCCGGCGCUGUUUUUGGACUUAUACAGUCUUUUCACAUGUCGGCGGAGAGUAAUGUUAAAAUUGUACCAGAGAGUGAUGAAGAUGGCCAACAUACUGUUCUACUUCUCAAUGCAAGACUGGCGCUUCAGUGACGACAACGUACGAGACAUGUGGCGUUCUCUCUCUCCCUCUGAUAGAGUCGUCUUCCCCUUCAGCAUGGCGGACAUGUCUUGGGAUUACAUGACAGAGACGUUUUUACUAGGACUUCGAGUUUAUCUAGUAAAGGACGACGUCUCAACUUUACCUGAAGCGAGGAAAAGGUGGAACAGGUUAUACUACAUGCAUCAGCUUUUGAAACUGGGCACACUAUGCCUGGUUCUCUAUUUAGGGUAUUUAUUAGUAAGACUUUUCUUUUAGCUUAUUAAAAUAAAUAUUGUGGUUCUGUAUUUAGUCUAAAUAGUAAAUAUAAUAUAAGAAAUAUCACGAGGGAUGGACUUUUCUGGCUUUGUAAAUGGGUCAAGUCUAGAUUAAAGUACAAUCUUAUUCGCGAAAAUAAUUAUAAUUAUAAUUUUUGAUUAUUAAGAUUUAAGGAAUUGGUGUAAAGUUCGAUAUUUUCUUUAUUUUGUCAAAGCAAGGCAUUGAUAUACAACCUAAAGAUAGAAUGUUUAAACUUGUUUGACGUCUUAUCGAGAGUCGCUUUUCGAAACGUAAUUUUGUAUUAUUGUAAAUGACAACACUGAGGAAAUUUACCCCAAGGAAAGAUCUCUGGAGGCCCUUAAUUCGCCUCACUUUUAUGUUCUGGAGUAGGUAUAUAUGCCAAAAAAAUAAAUACAGAAAUUAAUAAUUAGUCAACCAUAGUAGCAUAUUAUAACUAUUAUAAGAAAAAAUAUUUUGCCAACAUAAUAUUAUGUAAGUUGUAUUUUACCACCUACCUCAAAUUUCGACUUUCUACUUUUUUGAAGUGAAACAUUAAGGGAAAUAUGAGUGAAAUUAAUUAUCUCGCUAAGCUAAAAUGUACUAUUAUUCCAAUCAAAAAGAAUAUAAGGACGUAUCAAGAACUAGUUUUUAUUUGGACGUCGAUAAAAAUGCCUUUAUUUGUUUUAAUUAAUUGCUGAGUUGUGAUGAACUCCCGGCUCCAAAGUAGGGUUGGCGACAGGCUGGUGGCUGGCCGUAAGAAAUUCAGCCAAGAUAUGGUUUAUAAAAGGCUGUGCGCCCACCCCACAUGAACGGGAAAGGCCAAGGACAUGAAGACAAGAUGAACUUCAAGGAGAUUAGACCCACAAAAAUGUUAAAGAAUUAUAUUUACUAAUAUUUACUCCAACCAGGUAUUGAAAAUAUUUGGUGUAGGGUUAUGUUGAUUACUGACAACCCAUAAAAUGGAAACUGGAAUAAAAUAUAAACAUUACACAUAUAGUGUAAGUGAAUAUUCU